AUGGAUUUGGAUACUGAUGACAGGCAGCCGGAACCACAGGACAAGGACAAGGAGAAGGAAAAGGAAGAGGUUCAACCCAUGACCAUCGACUCGGCGGUAAAGGGUUACUUAUGUGAUGUUUACAUCAUCUCUAUCAUGUGCAACGAUCAAGAUCGCUCAGAAGAUGUGCGCAAUUACAGUCACGAAACACCAAUAAUGCCGACCCUUGACAAAGAUGGGCGAGAGCCAUCUACGUCUGAGGCUUACGCUGGCGCAUUCUAUGGCUAA